AUGUGUCUUUACAUCAUUGGCUGCUUCAUGUUCCUGCAGCCCCUCAACCACAGAGGAAGAGGAAGGUUUUACUCUCAGUCUCUGAACAUCUCUAUCAGAGCUCUGAGAGACACAAUGAAGGAAACAUCUGUCAGAUUUCUGCUCACAGCUGCUCUGACUGUGAGUCCCAGCACAUCUCAAUUCUUUCCUAGAGACUCUGUGUCUCUGAGCUGUGAGGAGAACAACAGCUCUGCUGGAUGGACUGUAUGGAGGAACACAACCAGAGGAACCAGGACUCAGUGUGGAUAUGGAUGGGGGGAACCAGCUGGAUCUACCUGUAACAUCAGCUGGUUGUUCACAUCAGACAGUGGAGUUUACUGGUGUUGGUCGUCCAGAGAGGGAGCAGCCAGCAGCAGCAUCCAGCUCACUGUCACUGGUGGAUCAGUGAUCCUGCAGAGUCCUGUCCUCCCUGUGAUGGAGGGAGAUGACGUCACUCUGAGCUGUCUAACAAAGACCACUCCCUCCAACCUCCCAGCUGCUUUCUAUAAAGAUGGCUCCCUCAUCAGGACUGAGCCCAAAGGUCACAUGACCCUCCACCAUGUGACCAGCUCUGAUGAAGGCCUCUACAGGUGUAACAUCAGGGGUCAUGGAGAGUCUCCAUCCAGCAGGAUCUCUGUUGAAGCUCCACCUACAUCUAUAAGAUUGCCCAUAUCAACGACUCUUGAAGCCUCUCCAGAGCCAAUUCUUUCUUCAGCUACUUCAAGCUUUCAUCUUUUUGUUCAGCUGGUUGUGUUUUGUCCUUACCUGAUCUCCACUAUACUGAUGAUUUCCUUGUAUCAACAAAAAAAGAGAGUGGGUUUGUUGAAGCAGGUGUAUGACAUCAUCUUCUACUCCAACACCAUGGCAAUAAGCAAACUGCAGGGGGUACUGAUAGCUGCUGGUUUGUUUGCUGAGGUGAACCAACAGAAGUUUCUCUAG